UCCACAGCUAUUCUGGCUCAAGCCGCACAGCAGGGCGCGACAGCCCCAUUGCUCAAGCUGGCAUGGCGAUGCUUCCCUCGGCUGGAGCUUCUUGAGCUGGCCGCUUCUCUGCUCGUGGCCUUGCAGACGGUACGGGCGGGGUCGCCGCUACAGGUGAUUCCGAAGUCUUUAGUCGCUCGAGGGCGCAGCGCCCUGCCGCGCGGAGGCGUGCUUGCGAAGCUGCUGAUCUCGGUCUGUCCUCGGCUCGCGCUGAGGUGGUGCAGCUGAAGGCCAAGUUGGCCGAGGCCCACGGGCAGCUGGCGGCCCUCGAGUUGGAGGCAAGUCGCGCGGACUUCGACGGCGCCGCGGAGGAGCUCAGGCGUCGGGUGCAGCUCAUCCUGCCGGUGCUUGCUGCCGGCUUGGCUGGUGCCUCAGUCGGUGGCGAGGCGCGUGCUCGCAGGAAUUUGGCAUCGCACGAUUUCGGCACGCCUGCCCAGGUCAUCGCUGACGCUUCGCGGAGCGAGCUGAAUCGGCUCCCACGAGAAGGUCGAGCUAGAGCCUCGGGCGUCGUGCUGAAGGCAGAUCGUCCAGCAUUCAUUCCUGGCCCCUGGGUGCCGCUCGGCCCCGUCGUGGGUGUCAUGUGCACUUGUGGCGCGGUCGCCUUCUCCUCCUGUUCUCCUCACCAUGUCUUUUCCAACGAGGGUUCGGUCGCAGCUUCGGGUUCCUUGUCCGAAGCGUACGGGGACCAGGCUGGUGGGCUGGAGUAUUCCGCGAAGGACGCGGAUGAGGUGGAGGCGAGCGCGGCCGAUGCUGGAUCGCAGGAGGCCGACGUGGAGACGUCCAGCGAGGAUGAGGCGCCAGAGAGCAUCCCCGAGGGCAUCUUCGUCGAGACGCAAGCCGUUCCCGACACCGUGAUCGAGCAGGAGGGCAUGCAGUUUCUGUGGAUUCCACGGGGCCUGCCACCCGGUCCUGGCGAGGGCCGCUUAUUCUCCUAAUCUCACUCUGUGCUGGUUGGAUCGCUGUCUUUCUGGUGCAUUCGUUUUCCUUGCCUAUGGAUUAUUGCGUCUGCGGUGGCAUCGUUUUUGUUUCUCGGCAUCGGUGCUUCCUGGUACAGCGCGUGCGCGCGUUGAAUGUAGUUGCCGCCGAGAUUGCGCUGUCGCUCGGCUUCGUGGGCCCGGUUUUCGCAAUUUCGCCUGAACGCUUGCGGGUUGCGCCAGAGCAUGAAGGAGGUGUCUCGCUUCUUGCUCCUCGUGUCCUCCUUCUUGU